AUGAAGAAAAAGGUGGACGGAAGGAUCAAAACCCUGGUGGAGAACAACGUGGCGCUCGGACAGCGCAGUAUGUUCCUGGUGGUAGGGGACCAGGGGAAAAACGUAGUGGUAAACUUUUACUUUCUGCUAAAUCGUCUGGCGAGCAGGACGCACAAAAUCCUUUGGUGUUACAAGAAGAAGCUGGAGUUCUCCACAAGCAAAAAAAAACGCUUCAGAGAAAUGAAAAAGAAAAUAAAAAAAGGCACCUUCGACACAACCAUAGAUAAUCAUUUCGACGCAUUUUUAAAAAGCGCUAACAUCAGGUUCUGCUUCUACAAUGAAACAAAAAAAGUUCUGGGAAAGACGUACUCCAUGUGCGUACUUCAAGAUUUCUCUUACAUAACGCCAAAUAUUCUAUGUAGGUGUAUAGAAACAGUUAUCGGUGGGGGUAUCAUUCUGUUCCUCCUAAAUAAACUGGACGAUGUAAAGAACAUAUAUAACAUAACCUUGAACUGCCACAAGAAGUACACACAGAGUGGCAUCUCCAGCGUUUACAACAACUAUAUCACGAGGUUUUUUCUCUCCCUUAAUGAGUGUUCCAACGCAAUGUUUAUCGAUGACGAGAUGAAUAUACUACCUUUGAAUGAUAACCACUUACAUGUGAAGAAGUUGGUGGUGGAGGAAAGGCAAGAGGGAGAUGUUUCUGUGAAUGCCUCUCGCGCGGCUACCUUGGGGGGUUACCUCUGCCCAGAUAAGGAGGAACUGCGGGAGAGGUUGGCUCAGCUGGAAGCCAUUUGCGACGAAAACGAGAGGAAGGCGGAGGAGCAUCGUCGCUUCCUCUACUCUGCGCGUGUUUUCGCCGGAGGGGAAGGACUAGAAGGUAAAAAAACUAACAGGCAAACUGACAAGCAUGGUAUCGACAAGCAUGGUAUCGAGAAGCAUGGUACCGACAAGCAUGGUACCGACAAACAAGUUCAAGGACAAAUUGAAAGCGCAGGGACAGAUGAGCAAACCAAUCAAUAUUCCUUCCUCAACAGACCCAUAAUGAACCUGCUCCGCAUCUGCCUGACCAUCGAUCAGUUGGAGGUUCUUCUGAACAUGUGCAAAAUUCUGCGCAAUGAUGAAGAGAAGAAGAGGCAGCUGAAGGAGGUACUCAUCAAUCUGUUGGCCAACCGAGGUAGGGGGAAGUCUGCCACGCUGGGGUUGCUAAUCGCUCUAAGUAUUUACUUCAACUACACCAACGUAAUUCUCUGCUCCGGAAACAACGAUGGCAUGCAGACCAUCUAUGAAUUUAUUGAUCAGGGUCUGCACCUUCUGGGAUAUAAGGAAUUCAGCCAUUACGAGAGAAUCCAAAACCAAGGAAAGUUAAAAGAAAUAAUAGUUUUUAAGGAUAUCCACAACCUAAGUAAUGUAAAGCAGAGGAUUAGGUACUUCGAUAUAUUAGAAGAAGACAUGGUGAAUUCAGAACUCAUGAUCAUAGAUGAAGCCGCCUGUAUUCCCAUCGAUAUUUUAAGAGGAAAAAUCAAAGGAGAGAUUACCAUCCUCUCCACCACCCUUAAUGGUUACGAAGGAACAGGAAAAACCUUCAUUUUCAAGUUGCUAAAACAACUGAAAAAGAAAUUCGUUACCCAAUUGAGUUAUGGGGAUUUUAAAAAAAUGAAGAGACUUUAUUUCGAGAGAGCAUUUAUCGAUAUAUCGUUGGGUACACCAAUAAGAUACAGUUACAACGAUCAGGUAGAGGCAUGGUUGAAUAAUUUCCUCUGCCUUAACUGUAAUGAACCAUUCAAACUGAAGAAUUCCCUUUGCUCUCCUGUUAACUGUCAACUGUACUUGGUUAAUAAAAACAUAUUCAAACGUUUUACCAAAACGAGUGAGAAUUUUUUGAAAAAAAUAAUGGUUCUCUUUGUUACUUCCCAUUAUAAGAAUACACCAAACGACUUGAUAAUGAUUUUGGAUUCUCAGCAACACCACCUGUUUGUUCUUCUCAGCGGAAACGUCGACUGUAAUAACCUGUCCGCAGAGGCUGUGGACGAGCUAGAUAUUUAUGGCGUGUUGCACUGCGCCAUCGACGGGAUUGUUCAUCCACCUGCGGGCAGACGCCUGGUAAAGCUUCAGGAUCUCACCAAAGGGGGGGAGAAGCACAGCCAAGUGGAUGAACAAGUGGAUAGCCAAGCGGAUGAACAAAUGGAUGAACAAGUGGAUGAACAAGUGGAUGAACAAAUGGAUGAACAAAUGGAGGAACAGGUGAAUGGUGAAAGAAAUGGUGACUACUUCAAGCAGGGGGGAAAACCCUCGGAUGACCGCACCGGUGGAGAGACUGCAAAUCCCACCACAGAGAAGCACUCCAUGCCAAAAGAAUUCGAAGGCAACCUCAUGCCCUACCUAGUCACGGAGCACUUCGAUUACUACUUCUACAACUACAUAGGAAUAAGGGUUGUCCGUAUCUCUAUCCACCCUUCCAUACAGAAUUUGAAUUACGGUUCACAGUUCCUGCGGAAGCUCUUCGACUACUACAGUCUGUACAACGGAAGAAGGGGUCGAGAGGCUGGGGUGCCCUAUCGGGAGAAUGUCAUUCUGUACCGUUGCAGUGGUGAUGGAGGUGAGGGGGCGGAUGGACGCAUUUUCUUCGACAAGCAGCUGAGCCACGUCGACUACGUGGGCACCUGCUUUGGACUAACCAAGGGGCUACUCAUCUUUUGGCAAAAAAACAACUUCAUCCCCGUUUACCUCAAGCAACAGAGGAAUGAAAUAACAGGAGAGUUCAGUCUGCUCAUGUUGAGGCACUUAAAUGUAAACCUCAAGAAAGUAUUUACGAACUUCUACCUAGACUUCGUUCGUAGCUUCUGUAGCUUGUUGCCUUACUCCUUCAGAAGGUUGGAAUCAUUUGUCGUGUUCAAUCUUCUCCACAACAACCCAAUCGUACUGACCAAUCCCACUCGGGACGAGCUUCUCCUCCCGCGGGAGAAAGGAAAAGAAAUAGAAAAAGAAGUAAAUGUAGAUGUAGAAGAGGAGAAAGGGUUGUUGUCUUUGCCAGACGAAGACGGGGACCAAUACGCCUGCUUCUAUGACGACGAGCUACUCAGCCAAGAAAACCUCUUCUACUUCUUCCACCCCAAUGAUAUAUGUCGACUUAAGCGCUUCGUCAUGGAGGCCAAGCCCUUCGCGGAUAUCCUCUACCUCAUGCAGACUGUUGCUAACUUAAUUCUCUUCCGGAAGGUACCCAUCCAACUCACCUUCCUGGAAUAUACCAUCCUCUACGCUGUGUCUCUGCAGAAGAAAAACACACAGGAAAUUUCAAACGAGAUAAGCAUUCAUGUGAACCAGACCAUAGCCCUCCUGCGCAAGGUUCUCCAUCGCUUCUACACCUACCUAAAGGAUCUAAUGCAAAGAGACAUAGAAAAAAAAGUGGAGGCACAGUUCAGCCAGAAGCUCCACAAGAAGAAAAAGCGUGCGCGCCAGGUGGAACUUCCUUCGGAGGAAUACAUCGACGAGCUCAACAGGAAUACCCGUGUGGUCACCAAGAAGAACAAAAAGGAGAAACGAGCCCUCUUGCGCGAGUUUAACCUAUCAGGAACCGUGAGAAGGAAGCAGAUCAACAUCAAGACAAACGACGGUGCUGAUCCGGCCAAGGACAAAGUUACUAGUUGA